CUUGAAGAAGCUCUACACCACCACUCCCUCCCUUCCCUUACGUUCUUUGCAAUGGCAGCAGCUUCUCGGUUCGCCAAGCUUCGCGGACUGGCGACUGCCCAGCACGCCAACUUCCAGCGCGUUACUCCUCCAUACAACCAGCUCAUUGAUCGUCUCGGGGAGGUCCGCAACAUCCUCGGUAAGGACACCAAGCUUACUCUUGCCGAGAAGAUUCUUUAUUCCCAUUUGGUCAACCCUGAGGAAUCUUUGGCUGGUCGCAAUGGAAAGAUCAGGGGUGAGGUUUACCUCAAGCUCAAGCCUGAUCGUGUUGCUAUGCAGGAUGCUUCCGCUCAGAUGGCUUUGCUCCAGUUCAUGACUGCGGGUAUGCCCUCGUCCGCCGUUCCCGCUUCCAUUCACUGCGACCACUUGAUUGUCGGUCACAAGGGCGCCAAGGGCGAUCUCGAGCAGUCUAUCAAGAACAACCAGGAGAUCUUCGACUUCCUCGAGUCCGCGGCUAAGAAGUACGGUAUUCAGUUCUGGGGUCCCGGAUCUGGUAUUAUUCACCAGAUUGUGUUGGAGAACUACUCUGCGCCUGGAUUGAUGAUGCUUGGAACUGAUUCGCACACCCCUAACGCUGGUGGAUUGGGUGCUAUCGCUAUCGGUGUCGGAGGUGCUGAUGCUGUUGACGCCAUGACUGCUACACCAUGGGAGUUGAAGGCUCCUAAGGUCAUUGGUGUCAAGUUGACUGGCCAGAUGAACAAGUGGGCUUCGCCUAAGGAUUUGAUUUUGUCCUUGGCCGGAAAGUUGACUGUCCGUGGUGGUACUGGACACAUCAUCGAAUACACUGGCGAUGGUCUUGAGCACUUGUCUGCUACUGGUAUGGCUACUAUCUGUAACAUGGGUGCCGAGGUCGGAGCUACUACCUCCUUGUUCCCUUUCACCGCGAAAAUGUCUGCUUACCUUCAGCACACCGGCCGUUGGCCCGUUGCUGAUGCUGCUAAGAAUGCGCAGAAGACCGGGUUCUUGCAGGCCGACGAGGGAGUCAACUACGAUCAGUUCAUCGAGAUUGACCUCUCCACACUUGAGCCUCACAUCAACGGUCCUUUUACUCCUGAUCUUUCUACCCCUCUUUCCAAGUUCAAGGCUGCUGUUGAAGAGAACAACUGGCCCAAGGACCUCUCCGUGGGUCUCAUUGGAUCUUGCACCAACUCGUCUUACGAGGAUAUGACCAAGUCUGCUGAUAUCAUCCGCCAGGCUUCUGAGGCUGGCUUGAAGCCCAAGACCCCCUUCCUCGUCACUCCUGGAUCCGAGCAGGUCCGUGCUACCAUCGAGCGUGAUGGUUUGACCGAGAUUAUGGAGUCGGCUGGUGCUACCGUCUUGGCUAACGCUUGUGGACCUUGUAUCGGACAGUGGAACCGUACCGACGUCGCACCCGAGGCUGGCAAGCCCGUUGGUCCUAACGCUAUCAUGACCUCCUUCAACCGUAACUUCAAGGCUCGGAACGAUGGUCACGCUGCCACCAUGAACUUCUUGGCUUCUCCCGAAUUGGUUACCGCUAUGACCUACGCUGGUUCCAUGACCUUUAACCCCAUGACUGACGCAAUUACCGGCCCUGACGGCAAGGAGUUCCGUUUCAACGCUCCUAAGGGUGAGGAGCUUCCUCAGAACGGUUUCGACAAGGGUGACACCUCCUACCUCCCCGAGGCCGAGCCUCAACCUCGGCCUGAAGUCCCUGUCUCCGUUUCUCCCACCUCUGACCGUCUCCAGCUUUUGGAGCCUUUCGACGCUUGGGAUGGCAAGGAGAUUAACGGAUUGAAGGUUGUCUUGAAGGUCCAGGGUAAGUGUACUACUGACCACAUUUCCGCUGCUGGUGCGUGGUUGAAAUACAAGGGUCAUCUCGAGAACAUCGCCGAGAACACCCUCAUCGGUGCUGUCAACGCGGUUACCGGCGAGACCAACAAGGCCUACGACGAGGAUGGUACCGGCUACACCAUCCCUGAGCUCAUGAAGAAGUGGAAGCAGCAGAACCAGCCUUGGUUGGUUGUUGCUGAGCACAACUACGGUGAGGGAUCUGCUCGUGAGCACGCUGCUUUGCAGCCUCGCUACUUGGGCGGACGCAUCAUUCUUACCAAGUCUUUCGCACGUAUCCACGAGACCAACUUGAAGAAGCAGGGUGUUCUUCCUCUUACUUUCGUCAACGAGGCUGACUAUGACCUCAUUGACCCAUGUGACCGUGUCGACACUGAGGGCAUCGUUAAGAUGGUUGAGGCUGGUGGUGCCGAGGGUCGUGGUAUCGUUACCCUCAAGGUCACCAAGAAGGACGGUAAGGUCAUCGAGAUUCCUACGGCACACACCAUGUCCAAGGACCAGAUCAACUUCUUCGUCGCUGGAUCUGCCUUGAACUUGAUUCGCAAGAGUGUCCAGGCUUCUGCUUAAACUAAGGCGAAAAAAUGGGGUGAAGCUGUGAAAAUAUGGUACAAAAGUUGAUUUUGGUUUGGUUUUCUUUUUGGGAUAACGGCGACGGUGUUAUAUGUCAAUUGCAUUAGAUCUAGGUACCUUGUGUAUAGGAUACGAAAAACGUUCGUUCACCUUAU